CCAUUCGGCCCAUGUUCGAAUCUGCCCUUCCAAUACAACAUGCGCCAUCUAAUGACGAGAACGCAUGGUACUAUCCAUCUCGUGGUCACGAUUCCGAUGAGGAGUCUUUGCCUGCCGGACUACCGGGAGGGAACUGGGGUCGGAAAGCCAUGAAAGGCUCGCGUUGGACACGGAGAGGUAAAAUAGCAGCAUGGGGCCCUGGCAUUGAUGAAUGGGAGGCAGAAGAACGGGCUCGCAAGCGAGUCAAACUGCUACUUCCCGAAGAGGACCGCGAUCGAGAUCGUUCACCCUCGCCUCCACGACUGCCCCACCUUCGCUCACCUUCCCCGCCCUUGACGGGGCCCUACCCAGACCCACACUCUGAACACCUCAGCUAUACUUCUCUCGUCAUGGACAAGAGUGCCGCACGAACGUUCCGGAGUCAUAUGAUCGACGAUUUGGAGCGGGCUGCGAGUGGCUUUAUCCAAGCGGAGGGCGUCAUGAAACGCGCAUUGGGAAGGCUGUGGCAGGUUAUGAGUGAGGACCCUGAUCUCCGUCAUCACAUUACAACCGAACAGCAGGGAACCCGAACAAUGGGGGCGAACGGGAUACCGAAAUCGUUACCCGACGAACACAUGGAAGACGAUUCCCUGGUAGAGCCCAAGCAAGAGCAGGAGGACGAGGACAUGACCGCGGGAAGCGACGUCGACGAGGAGGAGCGAGAAAGACGCAGACGCCUUGCACGGGCUCCCGAUCUUACACCGAGUACGCAUAAGAUCUUCAUCACCGAGCACCCACCCGCAUACAGCGCCGGAACCGCACGAAGUUCCCAGCCACACAUCAACGGCGUGAACGGGCACGUGGAGUCUGUGCCCGAACCUCCUGACCGGGGGAGGGAUAGAGAUGGACAGGAACGGGCGUUCGUACCCGUGGAGGCGCAGCUCGAGAGCCUAGAGAAGAGCCUUGCGGCGUUACAUGAGUUGGCGGACGAUGGACGGGAGUAUGUUGAACGGCUGGAAGAGAUCCGCAACGGGCUUGGGGAGAUGAAGGCGCAACGGGCGAUAGUUUGGGACGUGAUUAGGAGCAAGGCUGUCAAAGAACUGGAGAGCGCGGCCCUUGCCGCAGUGGCCUAGCCCAGGUUUGCGUUGCUCUGCGCCAAUCACCCCCUGCGUAUACUAUGCUGGCCUGCAUACAGGUCCGGCUUUUCCUACAACAAGCUGGACCUAGAUCAUGCGAAUGCUGUUACUCCACCGUACUGCCGAUGCUUCGCAGCAAAUUUCCUGCUUGAACAAGGGCGUCUAUUAUCUACUGUUGAAGACACAUGUGUGGAACGGCUGUUAUUAUUGCUCAUGUCUUGAAAUCUACG